AAGUUUGGUUCAAGGAAAAGGUUGAUUUUUGUUUUGUGCCAGUUGUCUCAUCCAGUGCGUUCAAAGUUAAUCAUUCAGCUGCAGCUCGUACUGCACUGAUUUGCAUAUAAAAACAUCAUAUAAAAACAGCCUCAAACACAAACAGCAGAAGUCAAGCGGCGACGAGGACGCACGGCCGUGCAGCCGACCACAUCUAAAGCGUUCGAUGACCGUCAGGUUUUUCAACUGCAAAUUAUUCUUAGUCUUUUCAUUAGCCCAACGUGGUUUAUAACCACAGAAAACCAACUUUAUCCUUCACUUGUCUCUGCUGAGAGCAACAUACAGAAUUAACCAAAGUCGACACGGACGAGAACAUGUUCUUGAUACUCCUGCUUACAGGUCUCUGUCUUCCCUCCACUUCCUUUCCAUAUGUCUACUACUUUGUCAGGGAGGCGAUGAGCUGGUAUGAAGCGUAUUUUUACUGCAUCUCUGAGCACACUGACAUGGCCUCGAUACGAAGCGUGGACGACCUGACGGCGCUGAUGGACACUCCCACCGCGGGAUACACGGACAAGGCCUGGAUAGGACUGUACGAGAACGUCUCGGACUGGGUCUGGGUGGACGGACAACCAGCCACGUAUUCCAACUGGAGAGCCGGUCAGCCAGAUGACACCCGACAGGCUGACGUCUGUGCCUGCAUCACUGACCAAGGAACCUGGUGGGAUCACAGAUGCUCAGUCAAGAAAGCUGCUGUUUGUUUUAAUGAAAACAAUCAAAGUUACAUCUUGGUUGGGACACCAAUGACUUGGACAGAAGCCAAGUCCUACUGUGAGGACAACUACUUGAUGCUGGCCAGCGUCCCCGAUGCAGAGACGAAUGAGCUCAUCCAGGUGAUGCUGGGACCAGACAUGCAGGCGUGGAUCGGCCUCAGUGGUCUUAAACUCUGGUACUGGACAGACACGGGAGAAAACUACACAAACUUCACAAACUGGCAACCGGAACAACCCGACAACCUGAACGGAGAGGAAAAGUGUGCAGCCGCACUGGGGGAUGGAAGCUGGGCGGAUGAGCAGUGCAACAUGAUAUACCCUUUCUUCUGCUACGGAGUCUACAAAUCACGGAAAACUUGGGUGAGGAUGAAGAUCCAGUCCAGCGCCAACAUGGACGAUCCAGCCUGCAGUGCCAGCCUGGAGCAGCAGUUGCGUGCCGCACUCGUUAGUAAGGGAGUGACUGACUUCAAACUGGCCUGGAAGAAACUGCCAGUGAAGAAGACCAGAGGGCAAUGCUCGUUGACGUUAAAAUCAGACAUGGAUUUUUACGUGACUCUGAUUCUCCUCCUCUUUGGAUUCAGCUUCUGCUCCUGCUCUCAGGUCCCUCUGCGAACGUACUACUACGUUAACCUGAAAAUGACCUGGAACGACGCUCAGCAUUACUGCAGAGUGAAUUACACUGACCUGGCGACCAUAGAAAGCAUGGAUGAUAUAAGCAGACUAAAACCUGAUUUUUCAUAUUCAUGGGCAUGGAUAGGACUGAAGGAUGACCCAAAAUCCUGGAAUAAAGUUAUGGGCAAUGAUGCAAAUUCGUGGAGAUGGUCAGCAACGGGUGAAACAAGCAAAACUGAUUAUCAAAACUGGGAUGUACAUGAACCAAAUAAUUUGUAUGCCAAUGAAAGCUGUGUGCUGAUGGGCAGCGAUGGAGAAUGGAGUGAUGCAAAAUGUCAGUCACUCAGGAGUUUUGUUUGCUACACUGAUUCCACUGGCUUGAGUUCUAGUCCAUCUAUUGCAGUCACAAAGCAAGGGGAGAAAACCUAUGUGUUCAUCUCCUAUUCGAAAACGUGGAGUUCUGCUCAAGCAUACUGCAGAGAACACCACACGGACCUGCCUACGAUCGAGAACGAAGAAGACAACAGUGAGGUUUAUCAUGCAAAGCCGGCCGAAGCAGUGGUUUGGAUCGGUUUGCACCGAGUGCCGUGGACGUGGUCAGACGAGUCGCCGAGCUCCUUCAGAAACUGGCGAGGUAACAGUCCAAAUAACUACCUUGGUACCCAGUCCUGCAUGACUGAGAGCCCUCAGCACGACUGGGAUGAUGAUAACUGCAACUCGGAGUUCCCUUUCAUCUGCCAUCAAGUUUCAAAACGGAAGACCACAGUGAGAAUGAAGAUUGAGACGGACGCUGACAUAACCGACCCGGUUACUAAUGCCCAGAUCCUGCAGCUGCUUGGUGCGGCGCUAACAAGUCGGGGAUGGACCACCUUCAAUCUGCAAUGGAAAAUUCAGCCUGGGAAACAGGACAAAGAGAAACUCACUAAACCUUUUUGCCUUUAGCAUUUUUUGAAUAUUUUACUCUGCAAAUCUACUAAUGAUCUUGUUGUGUUGUUACUCCAGUAAUUUGUGUAUGUACUGUUGUUUUGUUUUUUUGUAGUAGACAAUACUGCAUUGUUUGCUGGGAGCAAAGUCCAGCUCUCAGAGUGGAUGGAGGGGUCAGAGAUGGGACUUUCACCCAGGAGCCUGUUUGCAUUUCAAACCAGACUAUGAGCUUUUCCUGAACCCGACCAAGUCAGUCCGGCAUGACAAAUUCCAUCAGACAUGCCAGUCUGAAACCUCUUGGUUUAUUUUUGAUUUCCGAGGGGCACAAACAGAAAUGCCCUGGAGGCAGUUGAAUGCCUGCAUCCAAUCAGAGCAACAAAUCCAUGAGUGACACAUGCAAGUUGUGGCCGUGGUUGGCGGCCUGGUCACAAACUCUCACAUACUAACGCUAAGCAGUACACUAAUGUGCGUUUCUGAGAACAUCUGAGGAGGGACAUGGGAAAUGUCAUAACACAAUCAAAUUAUAUUUGGUCAGUCUGGUUGGGGGUGUAACUUCAGUGUACUUACAAAUCAGCUAAACUUUCAUUAUUAUUCUUUUACUGUCACGUAAAAUCUUUAGUUAACUAAUUUUAUUCUACUCUGUUGUGUUGCUUUUUAAUGUGCUGACCUCGUUCAUGAUCCUUGGUGAAUAAAGUUUUUUAAUUCAUCAUCUCCAGUUCUGUUAAACUACUUGUGCUGAAGAGCCACUACAGACAUGUUUUAAGAUAAUUAAAGAUAUUCCACAC